ACGUGACGGUGAACUAGAGCCAGAUGUUGUGUUUGAAUGUGGUCAGUCAAAAGUGAAAAUAGAUGUUUUUUGUGAAAGCCUCGGUUGAUUCAUAGUGAGUGUCUGGUGGUAUUUGAGGACAACUAUGUUCUAAAGAAAACAGUAAUACAGCAGUCUCCCCUGAGGAACCCAACUUCUUCUUGUUACUCAUGAGUUUGUUUUUCCUACUAUUUUAAACCCACAUUUUUAUUUAAUAUGUAUAUAUUUCCUUAAAUUUCCGUGGGUUUUCAUAGGUGCUAUACGUUCAUUUGAACAUUACAUUUGUGCGCUGCAGUCAACCAUGGCUUCAAAAUGAAGGUGACGAUCCUCGUUGCUUAUUUUCACAAACAUCAUUUACAUCCCUCUCCACUUCCCUGGGGCGUAAAAUAUCCGUUAUCGUUCAGUAUAAAAAAGCAAAGCUGCAAGACGUGGCUGAACAGCGCCCCGCAGGUCCUCCGGAUGCUCCUGGAACUACACCGAGCAUCGACCCCUCACUCUCGCGCUCGCUCGUCUCGAAGCAGUCGGCGUCUCCCGCGAUGAUUGUUGAAUCAAUACCAUCACCUCGGACUCCUGCGUGCAACAGACCGCGCUGUGGUCGCAACAGACGUCGCUUAUCGCAGCGCGCGUCAGAGCUUCAUCCUCCUCCUCCUCCUUGUUGGUGUUGCUGAGGAGCCGGCGCCCUCCCAGGGAGUGGAUGUUGGAAGUUGGCUGAGGCUUCUGCUGUGCUCAGUCGGCAGUGAUGGCGGAGCACUUGUCCCAGAGCGAGCUGGACUAUCCUUUCAAGCUCCUGGAGUAUUUCAACGGCUUCCGCGUGUCGAAGGUGAUCUUCUCUGCCUGUGAACUGGGGGUGUUUGACCUGCUGCUCAGGGCUCAGGAGCCCAUGAGUGCCCAGGUCAUCGCCCGGGAGCUGGGAGCCAGUGUGGACGGCAUGGAGAGGCUGCUGGACGCUCUGGUGGGAGUGGAGAUCCUGGAGGUGGAGACUAAAGAGGGCACAGCCUACUACAGCAGCACCGACGUGUCCAAUCUGUACCUGGCCAAAAGCAGCACCAAGUCCGUCCACAGCAUGAUCCUCUACCUGUCCAGGACCAUCUACCCACUGUGGAACAACCUGGUGGACGCCGUCAGGGAGGGGAAGAAACCCGCUGACUCAGACCAACAAAAAGAGGAAUCUUUCCUCGGCAUUUAUAGUUCAGAGCAGGAGAUGCUGAAAUUCAUGGGUCUGAUGGACUCCUCCUGGGUCCUGGAUGGACACGAUGUUGUGACAGCGUUCAACCUCUCUGGCUUUGGAAGCAUGGUGGACCUGGGAGGGUGCACUGGUGCGUUAGCCCAGGAAAUGAAGAAGGCCUACCCCUCCUCUUCCAUCACAGUCUUCAACCUGCCCCGAGUUGUGGAGAUGAGCCGGGAACAUUUCCCCCAGGAGAGUGAUGAGGUCACCUUCGUGAGUGGGGAUUUCUUUGAUGAUCCUCUUCCUCCCGCCGAUCUGUACGUACUGGCCAGAAUCAUUCACGACUGGAAUGAAGACAAGUGCCUGACUCUGCUGAAGAAGAUCCAUGACUUGUGCAAAGCAGGGGGAGGCGUCCUGCUGGUGGAGGCCCUGCUCUUUGAGAACAGACGCGGGCCAAUCAUGGCUCAGAUCUUCUCGCUCAACAUGCUGAUGCAGACGGAGGGCAGAGAGCGCUGUGCCAGCGAGUACACCCGAAUGCUCAACAAAGCUGGCUUCGCCAACGUCCAGGUCUGCCGCACCGGAAAGUCCUAUGAUGCCAUUCUUGCCACCAGAUGAACUCGUGACAUUCAAGUCUAAAUACGUGGCAUUGUCAUGUGGAAAGUGACUUGAAAGCAUGAAGGCAGGAACAGUUAUAGAAGGUUCUGAUAGGUACUGAGCCAAUGCACCUUGUAUUGUGUGUAAAGGUAUUCAGAUACUGAUUCUUUUGUUGGUAUGCAUCAAAGAUAUGAACAAUAAUGUGUUUCGUUGAACUUUUCAUUGAAAUAUUCAUGUUUACAUUGUCAGUAUGUUGCUCCCUUCUGCUGUCCUUUUAUAUCAGUCCAGGUUACACUGAAGAAUUGACUGAUAAACUCGAGCUGUAUUGUGUUGAGUCACAUUUUCUUUACACACAUUACAGUCUGCCAGACACUUGAUUGCUUUAUAUUCGACAGUUUUGAAAAGUGUUGGUUUUAAAGCCAAUUGCUGGCUGUGGAAAAUGACAGUUUCUCG